AUGCCUAGAGACGAUUUAUCCAUCGACUUCGUCAGGAAGAUGCCGCCUGUCGAGCUCGACCCGGCAUUGAUUCUCGACGAGUGGAUCAAUAGGACACAGAACCUGCCCGAGGAGCUGCGCUUCCUGCAGGAUGAAAUCGCCGAUAAGGACCGUCAAUAUGACAAGCUCGUGAGGGAGAUCGAGGAGCGAGACGGGCGUAUACAGAAGUGGAUCAAAGCCCAUGGCAGCCACCAUCCAAACCCGAAAGAGGACGAGUACAGGGCAACCAUCAGGAAGAACUUCGCGCUGGCAGAACAGUUGUCCAACGAGAAGAUCUCGCUUACCCAGAAGCUGCAGCAGACCAUGGACAAGCACAUCCGCCAGCUGGACAUGCAGCUAAAGAUGCUCUACGACCGCAGCGAGCCAGGCUUUACAGACCCUGAUGAGCUGCCCUCUCUCCUGCGCCCCAGCGCCGCGAAUGCCACGAACGGGACGCCCGCGCCCCGAGCCGUCAAUGGCACCCACCCCUCGAUCUCGGCGUUGAAUACAGCUGGGAAUGGAACCCAGGCUCGAGUAGCCAACGCCCAGGUACGGAAUGCUCAGACACUGCACCACGGCUCGGCAUCUGCGCCGGCUAGCCCGGCUGCGAGCAUGAUCAUGGGUCGCCAGGUGCGCGAGAGCUCCGCCGGUCCCGGCGGCGGAGCGCCUAAGCAGCGCUUGAACCGGCCGGGCAAUCUGCCCACAACCUCCAGCGGACUGGCCCGUCAUUCGUCCCUCGGCCCGGGCACACCGAAAGGCCACCAGACAGCUGCAGGCAUCCAGCGGGCCGGCAGCGCAGGACCACGCGCAGCGACUAAGGGCCUGGGCGUCGGGGCAGGCCGCAAAGCAGGGACGCCAUCCAGCACAGCGGGGCGCAAGAAGGGCACGCCAGCCGGGGGCAGCGGAAUUAACAAGUCGGGACUGUCCCGCGUGAAGCGCGCAGCCAAGAACUCGCCCUCCUCCACCGCCGAAAGCGAGCUCUCAGACGCCGAUUCAGCUAGCGACGAUGAAAGCGACAGUCGCACCGGCGGGCGGCGCACCCCCGUCGUGCUCUCCCGCUCGGGCUCGAACCAAGCCGCUCUACCCCCUUCCGCGCGGGAAGGAAGCCACCAUACGCCCACGGCGGGCGGUCCGGACGGCGUCCGUGCCGUGACCCGCCCGAGCCCGCACCAUCGCACCACUAUCAAAGACGAAGACGACGUGAUGGAGAUCGACGAUGACGAGGCCGGCGACGACAAGAAGUAUUGCUCUUGCCAGAACGUCAGCUUCGGCAACAUGGUGGCGUGCGACAACGACGACUGUCCGUACGAGUGGUUUCACUGGGGCUGUGUCGGACUCAAGAGCGAACCCAACGGGACCUGGUAUUGCCCUGAGUGCAGCGAGAAGUUAAGGAAGAAGGAGAAGGGCGGGGCUAUUGGAGGGGCUGGAGUGGCAAAGGCUACUCUCAUCCGGGAUUGA